AAUUUAAAUUCUAUCGGGUAGGCGCAAGAAACCAUCAGCCAAUCAAAUUGAGUUCCAUAAAAGAAUAAGGAAGUCACCUUGUACCAAGGUGUGAUUGCGGGCCGUUUUAUGGCGACAUACCCGAAACUCUAUCAUUGAUUAGAUAAUCAAAUCUUAAGAGCUUCUAUCGAAGUUUCCAUUGCCACAUUAAGUUAAAGUGCAACUUGCAUCGUUCAUACUUUUACAUCUUGAUAUUCCUAAUUUACAAUAUCCUCAUAAAGGCCACAUAUCUUAUUAAUUGUAAAUUGUCCUGAUAUUACCCUCAAAAUGGCGUUUCGCCCCACAGUCCUCGCCCGACUCGCGAGAAUUCCCAUACUCCCACGCCACUCCUCGAUAUCAUCAACAAUAAUACGCCAACCCAUUCGCUCCGCCUCUUCCAAUACCUCCAAUCCCUUCCAGUCCAUGCCGUCUCCGCCACGUUUACCCCCCGAUCAACAAGCCGAAUUUGAGCGACUGCAGCAUACGGCCAAUACACAAGAAGGCUUUAACCCCACCUCGACGCCCGACUUCUCUUCCCCAGCCUCGAACCCAAAUCUCGCAACCACCGGAACGCCAUCAGCAGUGGAUGGCAGGAGAGUUGUGACACCGGCGAUCGAGGACGAAUUCGCUUCCGUACCGCUACGAAAAGGUGCGCCGCCCGAGUUUGAAGGCGACAUAAAUCCCAAGACAGGCGAAGUCGGCGGUCCUAAGAAUGAACCUUUGCGUUGGGGGGCGGGCGGCGAUUAUAGUUUCAAUGGACGGGUUACCGACUUUUGAAUAAGGGAAAUAGCUACAUUGUUAAAACAUACAAAUACAGUUAUUGUCGUAGCUGUAAUUGUGGUCAUAGAUCUAUCUUCGUACUCUCCGAACCAGGCCAGAGAGAUUACUGGAAUAACCCAUCACAAAAGACUAUAUUAGUAGGUUGGUGGGAUUCCAUCAUUAUAUACUCAGGUGGCCAUCGUAUUAUGAUGUAGUUCUAUUUGAUGAGGUCAUGUCCAAUAAUUUUAGGAUAUGAAUUAUUAGAUAUGGUAUUAUGAUACCUAAAUUUAUAUAAAUGUAACUAUAGGCUUACUAUUAUAAUAUGGAUGGAAAUCACCAGAG